ACUGUGCAUUUAAGAGGGUUCCCGCCACACACCUUUUAGAAGAAGAAGAGACUCACAGUACACAGAGACAAGAUGGCGGCAGCAGCAGUGAGUCCGUUUUUCUCUCCGAAUAUUAGUCAGAACUCUCUGGUUCCGGACUGGACCUCUCAGGAAGUCAGCACCGGGACCACCAUCAUGGCAGUAGAGUAUGAUGGAGGAGUGGUGAUUGGAGCGGACUCCAGAACCACCACGGGAGCAUACAUCGCUAACAGGGUGACGGACAAACUGACCCCCAUCCACGACCGGAUCUUCUGCUGCAGGUCGGGCUCAGCAGCUGACACUCAGGCCAUCGCUGAUGUGGUCACCUACCAGCUGGGCUUCCACAGCAUUGAGCUGGACGAGCCCCCGCUGGUGGAGACGGCAGCCAACCUGUUCAGAGCCAGCUGCUACAGGUACAGAGAGGAGCUGAGUGCUGGCAUCCUGGUGGCAGGCUGGGACCGGAGGAGGGGGGGGCAGGUGUACUGCGUUCCUAUUGGUGGGAUGCUGGUGAGGCAGCCGGUCUCAGUGGGAGGGAGCGGCUCCUCCUACAUCUAUGGCUUCAUGGACUCCAACUACAAACCCAACAUGACCCAGGAACAGAGCCUGGAGCUCGUAGGAGCAGCGGUUGCCCUGGCGAUGGAGAGGGACGGGUCCAGCGGGGGUGUGAUCCGGCUGGCCAGCAUCUCCGAGGCGGGGGUGGAGAGACGGGUCAUCCUGGGGAACGAGCUGCCCAAGUUCUCCACACACUAACACACACACAGAGCUGUGUUUUGUUUUCAAUAAAGUUUUCAGUCUGUC